AUGAGUACCACAGACAUACCAGAGAACAUCAACCAGGCCGCCGUGCUCAAGCCCGGCGGCUCCUUCUACUAUGAAACUCGCGAAGCACCCACCAUUCAGUCCGACCAAGACGUGAUUGUAAAGGUGGUCGCAACUGGCCUGUGUGGCUCCGAUGUACAUUACUGGCAACAUGGACGGAUCGGGCGGUACGUCGUAGAGAAACCCAUCAUUCUGGGUCACGAAUCCGCGGGAAUUGUCGUCGCCUGUGGAAGCGGCGUCAAGGGGCUUGCAGCUGGGGACCGCGUCGCCCUUGAGCCCGGCAUAGCAUGCAACACCUGUGAGCCAUGUCGCGCCGGUCGUUACAACCUGUGUCGCGAUAUGCACUUUGCAGCAACCCCGCCAUAUGAUGGAACACUCUGCACAUACUACCGUGUACCUGUCCAGUGCUGCUUUAAGCUACCCUCUCACAUCUCCCUCCGCGACGGAGCACUGGUGGAGCCCCUGGGCGUGGCCGUGCAUGCCUGCCGGCUUGGAGGUGACAUGCAAAAUCGCUCCGUGGUUGUCUUUGGGGCCGGCCCGGUCGGUCUACUCUGCUGCGCGGUGGCGCGUGCCUUUGGUGCGGCCAGUGUCAUUGCGGUUGAUAUCGUCCCCAGUCGCCUCAGUGUGGCCAGCAAAUACGGGGCCACGCACACCUACCAGAUGACAUCGGCAGCACCGGAAGAAAAUGCCAAGGAUCUGCUCUCCGCCGCAGGGCUGCAGGAUGGCGCCGAUGUGGUCUUAGAUGCCACGGGCGCGGAGCCCUGUCAAAAUUGUGGCAUCCACGCCAUCACACCAGGCGGCACCUUCGUCCAAGUGGGCUUGGGCCGCCCCAACGUGUCCGUCCCGAUCGGUCAGAUCUGUGAUAAAGAGGCCAUUCUGAAGGGAAGCUUCCGAUACGGUCCGGGAGACUUCCAAUUAGCCGUCGGACUGCUAGCGGCUAAUCGAGUCAACCUUGACGGCUUGGUCACGAACGAAUAUUCUUUCUCGCAGGUCGAGGAGGCGUUUCAGAAUGUGGCCAACAGAGUCGGGAUCAAGAGCGUCAUUUACGGGCCAGAGGUGGAGGCGGAGACAGCAAAGGCCACUGUAUGAUAGGGAGUAUCCCAUCACUGCUCGACGCGGCCAUCGAGCUUGUGUCACCACACCCAGGAUUCUUAGAAACAUAGAUAUCUUAAUUACCAGCCACAUCAGUGACAUCUAGAGCCCAU